AUGUCAGAGUUUGCCAAAAAGGAGUUACUAACCUUAUGCUUCAGCUGCUGUCAGGGACUGUGGAUGUUUCUGGACAAAAGUUCUUUCACAAGGGUGCACAUGCUGCUCCAGAGACUGGGGAACCUGCUCACCCUGGCCCAGUGGGCGAGGAGGCAGCUCAGUUCAGCCCACCUCUGGCACGGUGUGGGCAUCCCGUGUGUGAUGUGCAGGGAUACAUGCGGCUCCUCGGAAGUCAGACAUGGCUGCUGGAAACGAGCGCACAGUGCUCUAAGGCAACACAUCUUGCUUGGACAGCUGGUUCAGUGGUGGGGCAUCAUGGGGCUCUUGCCCAAAUACCCCGAGGCUCACGAGGUGAAGCGCAUUGCUCAGAUGUGGAAGGAAAUGGAUCAUAGCCAUCGGAAAACUUGUCUUGAGACAUCUGGAUGGGAGGAGGUAGGAGUGGAAAGAUGGAAGUCUUUCAUUGAAGGUAUGGUGACUGAACUGGAAAAACAGCAUGGCUGCAUUUGGACUUCCGAGGACUGCACAGACCAGGUCUACCCUCCCUCUAAUCUGCAGGCCCUGCUGAAGCUUGUACUGGUGCCUCAUAUUGACCACAUGUCAGUCCAGGCAAUUCUCAUGUAUUUUACCCUGGACAUGGCGAAUUUCCUGCAGUGCAAAGAUGACCUCCUACAAUCUUUCUGCCAUGCCUUCACAAUUCCUUCCAGCUUUUCCCAACAAAUUAGGGCCCUGUGGAUGCUUGAUCAUGGACACAUCAAGGCCUCUAUGGAGCUGCUGCUGAGCCCCAGGGCCACUGUCCCCUGGCUCUCCUGGCAACAUCGUUGCGUCAUCCACUGCCUGCUGGCGAGGAAGCAACCUCGGUUGGCGUUGAGGUACCUGCACUGGACCAUGCCUGCAAUGGAGAGUGUUGAGGAUGCCAAGCUCUGUGCAGACGUGCUACUACAAAACAGUUGUGUCUCUGAUGCCUGGGCUCUGCUGAAGAAAAGCCACACAGAAAGUGACGAUAUGGUCAUGUACUUCCUCCAGGCGUGUGAGGGAUUUGGUCUGUGUGCAGAGGCUUUAAAGUACAUUCCUGUAGGAUACAAAGGUGAAGGAGACAAUGGUGGGAUUGAGACUGCAGGCUCACCUUUGCUAAAGAUACAGAAAGACUGCUCAGCAGGGAGCCCACCCUGUCCGCUAUCUGCCAAACUGUAUCAGGCUCAGAAAGUCAACUCUGUGUCCCCAGAGGAGCUUGUCAAACUAGUCAGAGAGGGUGUGAUGGAAGUGAGAGAACUACAUCCCAAGAUAAGUGAGGUGGUGUGGCCAGAGCACACAGUGAGAAAAUCAAACAGCAGAGAGAUGUUUCUGUCAACCCAGGCUCUGUGUUGCCUCACACCCAACCCCUCCCCAAUGGACAUGGCUGGGGAAGCAGAGCAUACAGCACAAGCAGAUAAACCAGAGGAGCAACCUGAGACACCAGAGCAUGUUUCCUCCUCCGAGUCCCCACUUGUAGAGGAUCUGAGCUCCGAGUCUGUCUCCUCUUUUACGUCGGCCUCCUCCCUGCCUCUGUUGAGACAGGAGCAUCCUUAUGUGUAUCAGAGUAGUUUAACUCUGCAGAGGAUCUCGUCUCUCCUCACUGAUGGAGAGAAUGAAAGCAGAGAAGAGGAAGAGGAAGAAGUAGAAAGUACAACCUCCUCAUCAGUGGGUGUCUUGCUAGAUUGUUCUGAGCUGGCAGUGACACUAGAUGGCACCACAGACUCCAUUUCCCUCAGCAACUUGAACAAAGACAUUCUGGUUGAGCUGAUGCUUUCUGGGGAGGGGGGAGACGAAGAUUUCAAAACAUGUGUGUUCCCAAGAGAGAACCGUGUUACUACUUUCAUGGAUGAAGUCCUUCUUUUAAAUGAGAGGAUGAAUCUUCCCUCUCAGUUUAACAGUGAUGAUGACAACCAAUUGGUACCUUACUUCUCUGAAUCCCAGGUGGACAGUCACAGUUUCCCCUCACCUGAAUAUGAGAAUAUGGCCUGCUGUAAAAGCAUGUCUGAAGAAAAUGUUAAAGUUCUCUCAAAUAUCAGCACUUCAUGGAGCUCCGCAGUGUCACUCAACCGAGACGACCAAUCAGAUAGCAUCCCUCCUCAAAUUUUCAGCUUCAGUGGAGCAGCCACAUCUGACUGUUUCCUGGAAGAGGAACCUCAUCAGGAUCUGCUGUCUGACCUUCGCCAGAGCCUUCAGUUGGAGGAGAAUGCAGCCUGUGGCUCAGGGGCCUCAGCAAGGAUGGGUGAGCCAGGCAGCUCCCUCCUCACCCCUGUGUGCAGCUCCACACAGCUUCUGAUCCUUGGUAAAUUGUGUACCUCCAGCACAUCUUGCAACACACAGACCAGCUCUGCUCCUUGUGACACUAACCAAGAAAGCUUCCUCAAAGCCCAUUUAAAGACAGUAGAAGCCUGCGAUCAGAGCACCUCAUAUCAUUGCAAAAUGGGCAGCUGGUGGAAGCAGGACCUGGAAACCCACAGAGCAUCUUUUAGACUCUUAGCUUCCACGGAGCCUGGAGCAGCUAUCAAAUCAGAUAAGAGGCCUUCUCUUAUACUAAAUCAACCAUAUUCCUAUAGUCUGGUCACUUCCAAGCAAAAAGCAGACAGCAGAGAUGGCACACAGGCAGACAAAGUGGAGCUCGCAGAUUGGACGGUUUCACAGGGUGCCAUAAGGAGUGGAAGAAGGAAAGGAAAACGAGUGAAGAGAACGUAAUACAAAGGCCAGCGGACUGAAAUAAAUGAGAAACAUAACUUUCUAUCAGCGAUGAUCCAGAGAUAUGUUUGGUUUUUGAUUUGGUUUAACUCCUCUCAUAAUGAAUUUACCGGUCAUAAUACAGACAUGAUCAUCAGCAUGAAGACUUUUCACCUUGAUGUGAGGCAUCCACUCUACAUCAAACAUCUGGUCAGAUUCUGAGAGCUGCUGCUAAUUUUUUAUAAGUAACUGUUCCCACCCAGUGUUGUCCUGCCACACCCUUUCUCUCCCACUGUAAAACACUGCACUUCUCAAAAAAAUGCUCACUCAAUAAUAAAUCUCUCA